AAAACAUAGACUGACAAAAUUCUACAUUACAUUGCAACCAUCAGAUGGCGCAGCAGUUUUCGUUAAGCGUGUUUAUCGUGUUUUCGUUCUCUUUCGUCAAGAUUUCCGCAGCAAAAUGGCGGCCCACAAAACCUUCAGGGUUAAGCAGAAAUUGGCUAAGAAGCUGAAGCAAAACAGGCCGAUCCCCCAUUGGAUCCGUAUGCGGACUGGAAACACAAUCCGGUACAAUGCCAAGAGACGUCACUGGAGACGCACGAAGCUAAAGUUGUAAGCGGAGUCCUCCUUGGGGUACCCCCGUUGAGACAUACGCAAACAUGUAAUAAGGUAUAUUACAAUGAAUAAACUCCAGAAGUUUCAAAAGA